AAAGUGACAUAUAAACCAUUUAAAUGGCCGUAAUUAAAGAGCCGUGUAUAGUAAUAUUUGUUACUGUUUGCUUGUCCUUACGAGUCGGCUUGGCUGAGGAGUCAUCUCUUAAAAGAGUGCCUUCAAACGAAAAUGCUUUCCAGAAAUUUUUUUUCGACAGAUUUGACUGGUUGCCUUGGAUAAACUCGGAGAAAUCUGAAAAACCUCCAGCUUCCGUGUUUCCCAUUCUAUAUAACUACAAUCCUUCUCCUCCCUACGGCGACACCCAAGCAAACUUACUUUCGCAUAUAAACGCUCCCGCCUUCGCCUAUAGCGGACUAGGAAUGCCGCAAAAUUUUCAUUUGCCGGGCAACGCUCCACCGCAAAAUUUUCAUUUGCCGUUAAACGCCCAGCCGCAUCCUUUGCUCUCCUACGUUUCCGGCACGAAUUUUCUGCCGAUUCUUUUCGUUUUUGGAUCUAAACCGUCGAACUUAUUCGAAGGCCUUUUGCCCAAUAUAAAACCUACAAAUCAUGUUGAAGGGUUUUUGCCUUCCAAACCGCAAAUUACGGGUCAAACAGGUCAUGUUGGUCAACGUCCACUUUUAACUCAAGUACCGGGUAUUUCUCAAGCAGGACAGAUUUUAGACACAUCCCACAUCGCGUCCAGUGUUAAUUCUGCUCUAAAAGAAGAAGAACGGGAACAACUCAAGAAUGAAUCGGAAGUGUCAACACAAUCUCCUGCCAAAGUCAGUGAGGAUAUUGAAACUUCUUCAUAUGAAGAUGACAAAGAUAUGAAAAUUCCUUUUCAUUAUUUGUAUCCUCUGCUGGCACAGACGGCUGUGAGUCAAGGAAAUCCCAUUCAGAGAAAAUUAAAUGAUCGCAUGGGUUUAGUGUAUUUGAGAGAUUUACGAGAAGGAAGAAAAAUGUCAUAA